AUGCUUCUGCCCUGCCUGGUGCAGGGCGCGCUGAAGCCGUACACGGGGGCGGCGCCAUCUCUGCCGGAUCGCGCGCCGUUCGGCUUCGGGUCCGCGGCGACGGGCGGCGGGGAGCCCACGGCCAAGAACACGUACCUGGUGGACAACAUGCCGGACCUGCGCGAGGCAUUGAAGAUGGACACGCCGCGCGUCGUGUACGUCAAGGGCGAGAUCGCGGGCGCCCAGAUCAAUGCCAGCUACACGGCCGACUGCCAGUACUACAUUGACGAGGGGAAGCCCGAGUUCAACUUCACAAAGUACGUGCAGAGUUAUGAUGACGAUUAUAUGGCGGAUUUGAAGAAGGCGGCCGAGGCCGGCUCGGAGUUUGAGGGCCAGAAUGCCACGGAGCUGCUGAGCUUGAUGAACCAUCAGAAUGGAUGGCGCUCGGCAGUGCAGAAUGUCCAGAAGAAGUACGAGUCGAUUGACGUGCCGGGCAACCUUACCCUGAUCGGGUGGGACAAGGACGCGUACCUGCACGGUGUCAGCCUGAACUUCAACGUGAAGUCCAACAUCAUCAUGCGGAACCUGCGGCUGUCGUCGCCAAAGGACUGCUUCCCGGCGCCCGAGACGUUCCCGGGCUCGUGGAACGCGCGGUACGACGCCGUGUCGAUGGUGACGACGCACACAGUGUGGUUCGACGGCAACAUCUUCGAGGAUGGCCCCGUGGCCGUGGCGCCGGAAAAGUUCCUUGGCGGCUGGGAGGUCGACCGGUACGAUGGCAUGUUCGACGCCGAGGACGGGUCGGACAACAUCACCUUCUCGCACAACAUUGUCGCGAACCACCACAAGUCGCUGAUGUGGGGUGGAGGAGAGAAGGAGGGCGACCGCGACAUUGGCAAGAUGCACUUCACCAUGUUCGGCAACCACUUUAUGAACUCGCUGAGCCGCAACCCGCUGAUGCGCUUCGGCACCUUCUACAUCCUCAACAACGUCUUCGCCAUGCACACCAGCGACAACAGCUCGUACAACCCGAACUUCAUCUCGCACUUUGGCGUGUACAACCAGAGCCAGGUGCUGCUGGCAGGCAACGCGUUCGAGCACGACGACGCCAAAGAAGCAAGCCGCAUCUUCGUCUACUCUGACCUCGCGACGCCCGAGAACCCCGCCAAGCUGUGCGUGCCGGCGGACUUGGCCAACGCGCCCUCGGCGCUGAAGGCCUUCACCACCGGCAGCACGCUCAACGGCGAGGCGCUGAACCUGACCGAGACGGCCGAGACGGCGUUCGCGUCGUACAUCAAAGAUAGCGACGACUCUGUUGCGGGCGGGCUGGCAACGACGUGCGAGGGCUUCACGGCGCAGGAGGUGCCGCAGAGCUUCAAGAGCGCCGACGAGGUCGCUGCGUAUGUCAAGAAGAACGCGGGGCAGGUCGGGCGCGCGGUGCCGUAA